CUUCAUCCUCCCUAUGUGCCCACGAAGUACCGGUCUUUUCUGCAGGAGUACGUGUCCCUGGCCAAGACCAGGCUGGCGGACCUCAAGGUCUCCUUUGAGGAAAUGGGCCUUUAUGAAGUUGUGUCAGGAUCUGGAGCACCGGAGCAGCCCCAGUGUCAGGCCCAGCAGGACGUGGAGAAGGCCAUCUCUCUGUUUGAGAAAAUAGGCAGGAUCCCUGCCAACGUGAUGGAGGCCAGUAUUUUCAGAAGACCUUACUACAUGUCUAAAUUUCUGCCAGUCUUGCUCACACCUCGUUUGCUUCCUGGCAAACCAGAUGCUCGGAUGGCUUUCAUCGAAUCCCUCAGAAAAGCUGAUAAAAUUCCAGGAAACAUGCAUGCAGCCUAUUUGCAAGCUUGUCAAAAGGAGAAGCAGAGACAGCCUGAGGGUGGGGAGGGCAGUGUGGAGGUGAGCCUGCCCAGGGGGCCGCUGGAGCAGCUGCAGGCAGAGCUGCGGGACCUGACCGCCGUGCUGUCUGAGAAGGGCGUAGCCGAUGAUAUCUCAUCCCGCCUGUCGCUGAUUUCAGAGACACUGAAAACCCUUUUUAACAAGACAAAUGACCUGCCUUCAGAAGCCCCAUUAAAAAUCAAUCUUACAUCUCCCAGCGCAGAGUCUCUGGAAACCAAAGUCACCGACAUAAUACUAAAGAAUUUUUGUCAGAACCUAAUGAAUGUCUCCAAGAUCAAUCCUCCAAACAGACAAGGAGACUGGGCUUCGCUGUUUGUGAAGAUGCUGCAUGGGCACAGGCAGCUUUUGCAAAACCUCCUAAAUAGGCUGUGGUACCUAAUAUGCCGUCAGGGAUCCUCUCUGAGCUCCGGGCACAUCCUGGGACUGUCUGUGUUUGUGGUGCAUCUUCAUGAGUCCCGGACGCUGGCUCCUCUUGAUACCAGUGUUCUGGGCUCCUGUCCGGAGUCCUUUGCCGAAGCUCUGGGCAGCUUACUGGCUUGCAACACUGAGGAGACCAUGACGUUCUGCUUGAGGUUUUGCGUGUCAGCAGUCUCCUAUGGCCUUUGCAAAUUUUCUGCAUCAUCCAUUGAGAAUAUCCAAGGUUACAUACCCAAAGCCUUCUUCAAAAAGCUCCUGUACCUGAUUCCCCGACUGGCUCCGGAGGUGCGUGCUGGGGCUGAGGAAGAGGCGCAAGGAAAUGUGUGGAGACUCCGUGCCAAUCCCUGUACCAAGUGGAGGAGCUCGGCCCUGGCCCUCUGGAGACACCCCAGCUUCCAAACUCUUCACAGGCUCCCACAAUUCCAGCUGACCUUUCAAGACUGGCUGGGGGCGGAGCUGGGAGUCCAGAGAAGCGCAGACCCCUAA